GUGUGAUGAAAUAAUAGGUGGGUAAUAACGCUUCUUCCUCACACAUACAGCGACAACCAGACUAAGUUCAACUCCUACGCUAUCGAUUCUCUCUCUCUCUCUCUCUCUCUCUCUCUCUCUCUCUUCAUAGCUCAUAGAACUGUAGAAUUAUAAGAAAAUUAGAUUUUUAUUUUUAUUCAUCUCUCUGUUUUUGGAUGAGUUUUAUUGAAAGUUGAAAAGGGGGCUUAUAUAUAUAUAUAUAUGGGGGAAACGAAGCUGAAGAUGGAAGGAAUUUUGGAGGGAUUUUCACCAGUUAAUUCAACUCCUGUCUUCUGGAAGUCUAGGAAACGAUCUGCCAGUGGGAAGAACUUGGACAACCAAGUGACUGCUAAAGCUGAUGAAACACCUAAAAAACAAGAAGAGUCUUCAGCUGAUGAAAAGAUGCAGGAAUUCAACCCGUCUACUGAACUUUCCGAGCGUAGAAAGGCGUUAUUUGAACCAUUGGAACCGGUUACGAAUGCAAAUGGGCGAAGGCCAUUAGCUGAAUCUUUGCUCCCUCCACCUGAUUUUGACGCUGCAUGUUACCCCAAAGGUUGGCUUGCUGGAAAGAAACGGAAGCUUGUAAAUGUGGAUGUUGUUGAAAGUAUGCGAAGAAUCGCUCUACAGGAAAUGAACAGAAAGGAUCGUGAAAUAGAUGGUCUGAACGAACAGUUAGAAGCAGAUGCUCAAUGUCUGGAACAUCUGCAAAUACAGCUGCUGGAAGAAAGAAGCAAGCGUGCCGAUGUAGAGAGGCAAAAUGCUAUGUUGCAAAGCCAAAUAAAUGUCCUUAUGAACAUGAUACAGGAGAACGAUGAUGGCAUUGAUGAUGAAGGUACAGAUGAUUCCUAGUUAGUAGGCUUCUUUAUUCUUUUGUAGACUUCUUUAGACAAUAAUAGGACGGAUAUAGUAAGUUUCUGUUGUGCUGUCAAGAUGUAUUAAUAUCUGUGUAAGAAUACCACCAGUAUUUCGCAAUAUUAUGUACUGUUUAAUUCUAAGAAUAUUUAUAAUAUGGUGUAUAUAUUUUGUUUGUGUUAA